UUGAUCCAAAAUCUGAGGCAUAUAUCAAUUACUUCAAUUGCCUUCGGUUUACCCAAAUGAACAGAAAGGGAAAAUCGAAAUGGCCUACUACGCUCCCUGUAGCUGCGCUGCUGCUCUAUCCGCGUCACCUACCCACGAAUCACAUCUAGCAUUUCAGCCUCUAAACCCCAGACCUAAACUUGCUCCCAAACGAAUCCCGCCAAGCGCUUCCACUUUCAAGUUGAGGUUCAAUGGUACUGUGAAAUUUGAAAGAAGGCUAAGGUUAUUUUGUUCUAAUCCGUCUAGUGGAGAUUCCAUCACAGAAAAAUCGGGUGAUACUGCCCAAGGCCCCCCAUUCCCCACCAUUUUAGCAGGAUUUCUAGUUUUUUUUCUCAUUUGUUGGAUGCUUGGAUCCAUUAUAAUGUGGUUGAUUGGUGUAAUAGUUAAGUUUCCUCCAAAAUAGAGGCGGCUUGUUUGCUAUCUUUUCAAUGUAAAACAAAUGAAUGCAAACAGGUGUGUUUAAUUUUGAGGCCGUAAAUUAAUGCAAAUGCAUUAUAAACUCUGGUCUGGCUUCA